UAUCUAAAAUUAUUUUAUAUAAAUAUAUACAAACUUAUUCUUCUCAUGCAUACACGUCCAUGGAGACCAAUGACCACAAUAAGGUUAUUCUGAUCAAUGGCGAAGCUGAGAGGAGGAGGAACAGACGGAGAAGGAAAGGGUUGGGGAUAUUGUCUUGUAAUUCUGAUGAAGAUUAUGAUCAUGAGGUGAAGGGAAUGAUACUAGAUCCAACUUUGCCCAUAUUAAACAAAUGGAAUAGGGUUUUUCUAGUGGCUUCUCUAGUCUCACUAUUUGUUGACCCCAUCUUCUUUUUCCUACCGGUGGUGAACGCGGAGGACGGGUGCAUCCAAAUGAGUGCAGAAUUGGGUGUGGCGUUGACAGUGGUCCGAUCCAUGGCGGAUGUGUUCUACGUAGCACACAUACUCAUUAGGUUUAGGACAGCUUAUGUAGCUCCCUCCUCCAGAAUCUUUGGGAGAGGAGACCUCGUGAUUCACCCUUCUAAGAUCGCAGCAAACUAUCUUGGUUGCGAGUUUUGGCUUCAUUUUGCUGCUGCAUUACCUCUUCCACAGGCAUUCAUAUGGAUUGCAAUACCCAAAAUGAGGGGAUGGAGUUGCAUAGUUCGGUUGGGCAUUCUGUUUCAGUACAUGUUGAGGUUGUAUCUCAUCUUCCCUUUAUCUGAUCAAAUCAUUAAGGCCACUGGAGUUCUGAUGAAAACAGCUUGGGUUGGAGCUGUUUAUAACCUAAUGCUCUUUAUGCUAGCAAGCCAUGUCUUGGGGUCGUGUUGGUACCUUUUAUCCAUAGGAAGACAAAUGGAAUGCUGGAAAAAAGUGUGCAAUUUGGGGCAUUACUUGGGUUGUGAAUAUGAGCAUUUUUAUUGUAAAGCUGCACAGCAAAGAGAUCAUCCUGCUUGGUGGUUUCAAAUUAAAGCAACCAAUAUCUCAAAUUUAUGUAAUCCAAGUGCUACCAGUUUCUUCAACUUUGGGAUUUUUUCAGAUUCUUUUGCUUCAACUUCUUCCCCCUUCAUCACUAGGUACUUGUACUGUUUUUGGUGGGGAUUGAGGAAUUUAAGCUCUCUAGGACAAAAUUUGCUAACAAGUAGCAACGUGGGAGAAAUCAAUUUCGCUAUUGUCAUUGCCAUUCUUGGGUUGGUGCUUUUUGCUCUUCUCAUUGGAAAUAUGCAAACAUAUCUCCAAUCAACAACAUUAAGACUAGAAGAAUGGAGAAGAAGAAGAAGAGACACGGAGCAAUGGAUGCAACACAGACAAUUACCAAAUCAAUUGAAACAAUGUGUAAGAAAUUAUGAACAAUUUCGAUGGAUAGCAACCCACGGCGUCGACGAACAACAAAUUCUAAAGUCCCUUCCUCUCGAUCUCCGACGACACAUCAAACGCCAUCUCUGUUUAGAUCUCCUCCGUCAAGUUCCUCUGCUAGACGAAAUGGAAGAAACAAUGUUAGACGCUAUUUGCGAGCGAUUAAACCCCUAUUUAAUCACUUCCAACACCUAUUUAAUUCGAGAAGGUGACCCGGUUAACGAAAUGUUGUUCAUAAUCCGUGGGUAUUUGGAUUCCCACACCACCAACGGCGGCCGGACUGGGUUCUUCAACUCAAGCCGCCUCGGGCCGAGUGAUUUCUGCGGUGAGGAGUUGCUACCUUGGGCUCUGGUUGAUGAUCCUAGGGCCGCAGCGGUGUUCCCGUCGUCAACCAGGACGGUGAAGGCGGUGACGGAAGUGGAAGGGUUCGCGCUUGUGGCGGAGGAUUUGAAGUUUGUGGCGGCGCAAUUUCGGAAGCUGCAUAGUAAACAGAUUAGGAGUACGUUUAGGUUUUAUUCGCAUCAAUGGCGAACUUGGGCGGCGUGUUUCAUUCAGGCGGCGUGGUUUAGGUAUAAGCGGCGGAUGAAGAAGGAGGAAGAAGAUGAGAUUAAUGUUGCGAGGAAGAUGAAUGUUGUUCAUCAUAGGUCGUUGGUGAAGCCACUUCAACUUGAUUUCUCUGUUGAACAUAGAUGAGGCUUUCUUUUACAAAUGAAAUGUAUGGGAAGAUAUCGAUGUAAAAUUGUUCUUCUCAGAAAAAUGGUCGACAAACUAAUCCAACCUCAUAACACACUAUGGAAUCCCAUGAUCUAUGGUUAUUAUAAUCCAA